CUUCUCUCCGGAAGGAACCUUAUCUCUCUCCCCUUCACAGAGGACGAGGAGAUGGCAAUAAAAUUGUGUUGCUUUCCCAAGGAUCCACUUGAAGAUGUUGAGACUUGGGGCGAGUCCGUGGACAAAGUCCUCGGGUGUAAAGCUGGACAGAUAGCUUUCCGUGAGUUCCUGAGGUCAGAGUACAGUGAGGAGAACAUAUUGUUUUGGCUGGCGUGUGAGGAAUACAAAAAGAUCAAGACUGUCCCAGAAAUGAUCUCCUCUGCCAACAGGAUCUACUCAGAGUUUGUCCAAACAGAGGCACCCAGACAGAUCAACAUCGACUGCGGCACCAGAGAAAACAUAACAAAGAACAUCUCACAGCCAACCCUGACGUCGUUUGACACAGCACAGAAGCUCAUCUACAGUCUGAUGGCUAGAGAUUGCUACCCGCGUUUCCUGAAAUCUGACGUCUACCAGGGACUCCUGAGGAGAGUGGAUUCAAGGUGAC